AUGGUAACAUCUAUGCUCAAUUCUUGGAUACAUGAUUAUGCAGUCUUACGUUGUGAUCGAAACCAUAGAACAGGAGGAGGCGUCGCUGUUUUUCUCAGAAAUUCAAUAACUUAUUCUGUUAUUCUCUCCGAAUCGAUUAAUAACGGCUACGAAAUUUUAGCUGCGGAUCUCACUCAUAAUAAUCUCUCCUUCAGAAUAGCGUUGGUUUAUAGACCGCCCUCAAUUCCUUCGUUACUCAAUGAACGAACUUGCAAAGACCUACCUUGCAUUGUUAUUGGGGAUUUUAACAUUCCCGAUAUUGACUGGGCUGCUUGGAAUACACAAGAUAACAACGCUGUAUACCAUGAUGUUUUGUCAGACAUUCUCUACUUCCAUGGCUAUCAACAAUAUGUAAAAGAUCCUACGAGAGGAGAAAACUUUUUGGAUUUGGUAUUCGCGAAUAGUACGGAACUCUUACGCAAUGUGAAGGUCAUAGCACCGAUUGGAGAUAGCGAUCACUCAUGCAUUUCGUUUGAUAUUCUUGGAAGCGCUACUAGACACACACCCAUCCUUUGUAAACAGUUUUCUAAUUGUGAUUACAAUAGCAUUGCCACUUAUCUACAUAAUGUUUCAUGGGCUGACUCCUUUGAGUCGGUUUCUUCUGUUGAUGAGAAGUAUAGGAUGUUCCUUUUCAUUCUCCAACAUACUAUUCAAAUAUUCGUUCCUUCAGCC